AGAAGAUUCAAAUCCAUAUUAUCGCUGCCGGUAAUUUCUGAGCUGCUCAAUCCUUUCUAGACGUACUUCGGUUUCCCAUUUUUCUAAAAGAUGAACUUCCAGAACCGAUGUACACUUGCGGCCUUUCUGUUGGUUUUACCUGGCUUUUGUGUCUUGGAGGAUAUAAGACAUUUAAUAUGGGAGCAAUGCACAGAUGAUCUUUUUGAGACAGAAGUAAAUGGAAUGGUUCUACUCAACCAUUCGUUCCGCUUGCUUAAAGCAGAAAUGCCGAUUCUUUGUUUAUUUGUUUGUAAAUCGAACAAAGACUGUGUUUCGUUCAAUAUUGCUCCUUCCAAUGAAACCGAAGGAUGGUUUUCUUGUGAGCUGAAUCAGGCCGACAGAUAUAGUUCCCCACAAGAUUUCCAAGAAAGAAAAGGAUUCUCGUACAGAGGAAUAAAGAAUCCAUGUUUGAAUAAUGGUCUCUGCGAAGGAAACAAGACUUGCACACGGCUAGGGUACGACCUAACGAACUACACUUGUCUCUGCCCAAAUGGAUAUUUUGGCCAGAACUGUGAAAAGGGUAAGGAAUAA